UAUGUCACUGCAGAUGUAGCAUUUUAAAUUUUUUAAUGAAUAAUGGGAGAUGCUGUUGAUUUUUGUGAUAAAAUAGGAAUCAAUCUCUCAGAGCUGGGAAAAUGGCAUGUCUGGCAAAACAUUAUACUGGGGCAGUUCCUUUCUCUCGUUCUAUGUGCUUUAAACACCCUGUCUCAUUACAUAAAUACAACCACCACCAGUGUUUUGCCAACAGGGCAAUCUUUCCCUCACUACAUGUUCCUGUGUGCGAUAUACACAAGUUGGUUGGCCUUCCGCAGGGGUGACAAAGGCCUGAUAUCGAUAAUAAAAGCUAGAGGGUGGCGCUAUUUACUACUUUGCUUAAUAGAUGUUCAAGCUAAUACCCUUUUAAGCACUGCCCAUCAAUUUACAACUCUAACAAGCAUCCAGCUGCUCGGUUGUGUGGCCAUCCCCGUAGCGUUGGCAUUGAGCUGCCUGGUGCUUGGUGUGCGCUACCGCAUGGUGCAUAUUAUCGCUGUCUCUGUAUGCCUCAUGGGGGUCGGGUGUCUCGUGUGGGCUAACAUUGAAGACACCAAGAUUGAUGGUAAAAAUCAGCUAGUAGGAGAUAUGCUGUGCCUAGGAGGGGCAGUACUGUUUGCUAUCGUGACUGUUUUACAGGAAUUGUCAGUUAAAAAUACCGACAUCGUUGAAUAUUUAGGUUUGUUAGGACUGUUCGGCAGCAUAGUAAGUGGCGUACAGAUGUUGCUCUUGGAGAAGCAGACGUUAAUUACGUCAACUUGGAGGAAUUCUAGCGCCCUGUUGUCUUCGUUCUCGGCAUGUCAAUUCAUGUUUUGCACCUUCUCCUCCGUGUUUUUGUUGAAUAUGGGCACGACAGCCUUACAUUUGUCCUUGUUAUCGGGGAAUUUUUAUACACUAAUCGUAGGAAUACUUCUUUUUAAUUACAAGUUCCACGCCUUAUAUUUUCUAUCCUAUACACUCUCGAUGACCGGCGUUUAUAUUUACGCCAUAAAGCAGACCCCUGUGGCUCCACAAAACCUGCCGUCGCACCACAUCAGCGAAAUGAACAAUUCUAGGGGAUCCGAAUGUCAGUUGCCCGAACAUAUGAUAACCGACAGCCCCGAACGCACAAAUCACGAGAUCCUCUCCGCUUUUGGAACCCUAAACAGCAACGAUACUUUCCCCUUGAGCCACAGUACAAACACCACGUUCACCUCCUUUUAUGGCAGCCACGACGUACUCAAUAGUCAGACCACUAGCGCCUAAUACCCUUCGUAGAUGUUUAAUAGAAGCACACCACCGACAAAUAUAUAAGAGAUUAAUGCCGCACAAAGUCAUGAGUGUUUCGUGUAAUAUUGUUGAUAAUCGAUUAUUGAAAAAUCCGGUUUGAAGGACCAAAUAAUUAAAAUUACUUCUCACUUUUGGCGAAAUUUGGCUUAAAGUACUAAAAUAAUAAUUGUGCUUUUAAGACAUAAUACAAUCGUCUGGUCUUGUGGAAUUUCAGUAAGAAAAAGAUUCCCAUGCAAUUAUUUUAAAUGUAAUCUUCGAUUCGACUCUUAUGUAUUUGUUGUGUCAGUUACUGAUCGAAACGUGACUGUAUUUUUAAGGCCUACGAAUUUAUCGCAACGAUC